GUGCUGUGCUCUGCUGCCCAACUGCCCCCGUGUCAAUACACAUGAUGGUUGUGGUCUUGUUUGUUUUAUCAAACACACAUCACACAUGCUCCACACUUCCUUGCGGCCAGUUUCCCCAACACACCGAAACACACACGCGCAUGACACACUGACACGCACACGCGCAUGACACACACGCAUGAAACACACAGGGCCAGAAGAUGUCCAAGUCGCUGGGUAACGUGGUUGACCCACGGGUCGUCAUCGAGGGCGGCAAGGACGCCAAGCAGCAGCCGGCGUACGGCGCCGACGUGUUGCGGCUGUGGGUGGCCUCGGUGGACUACACGAGUGACGUGGCGAUCGGCUCCGGCAUCCUGCGUCAGAUGGCUGACGUGUAUCGCAAGGUCCGCGGCACCCUCCGCUUCCUGCUCGGCAACCUGGCGGACUACGACCCCGUACGACACGCGGUGCCGUACGAGCGGCUGUCGGGACUGGACCGCUACCUGCUGCUACGGCUGGGGCAGCUGAGUAGCGAGGUGGCGGCGGCGUACGACAGCUACCAGUUCUUCCGCGUGUUCCAGCUGCUGCAGCGCUUCGUGGUGGCUGACCUCUCCAACUUCUACCUGGACACCGCCAAGGACCGACUGUACAUCCGGGCGGCGGAGGACCCGGCGAGGCGGGGCUGCCAGACGGUGAUGGACGCGCUGCUGAGGGGGCUGCUGGCGGCACUGGCCCCGGUUGUGCCCCACAUGGCGGAGGACGCCUGGCUCAACCUGCCCUACCCGCGCCCCGCCACCUCGGUAUUCCAAGCCGGCUGGCCGGUUCCCGACCCCGCCUGGUUCAGCCUGUCAGAGCAGGAGGCGGCGGUGUGGGCGGUGGUGGCGGAGGUGCGAGACGCCGCCAAUGCGGUGCUGGAGCGCGCGCGCGCGGACAAGGCGAUUGGCGCGGGUUUGGAUGCGCGGGUGGUGCUGCACGUGAGUGACCCGCGGGUCGCUGAGCGGCUGGCGGCGCUGGAUGCGAGCGGCAAUGGCGCGGACGAGCUGCGCUACCUGCUAAUCGUGUCGCAGGUGGAGCUGGUCUCCGAUGCAGCGGCCGCCCGGCUGUGCCCCUACCACGAUACGCAGCCCAGCGCCUCGGGAGCCGGCAGCAUCACGGUGGGGGUGGCGCGGGCGGGCGGCGCCAAGUGCGCGCGCUGCUGGAACUACAGCGACGCGGUGGGGCAGCAGCAGACGGUGGGGCAGCAGACGGCGGGGCAGCAGACGCAGCGGAGCUACCCGGAUCUGUGCGAGAGGUGCGGCCCGGUGGUGGCGGCGCAGGGGUUCGUGCUGGCGGCGGGGGUGGGGGCGAGUGCUGGGGUGGAGAAGGUGACGGUGACAGUUUAGUUUUAAGGAGUAUUAAAGCAACUGGAGUUCCAGGGAAGGGAGGCAGGUGGGGGGUGAGCCAGGUGAAGAUGGGUGCCAUGGGUAAGGCUAGGGAGAAGGAUGAGUGGGCGCGUUAUUAAACUUAUAAGGGGCUGGUGUUCAAAGGGGGUUAUGGGGGUUACGGUUACGAGGGAGAAAGAGAGACCCUUGGACGUGUGGCUGGUGGUUGGCAGGAAGGAAGCUCGGCUGGUGUGCAGGGAGGGCUUUAGGUGUGCGUGAAGUUGGGGGUGCAGGCGCCUCGGCUGUGCAGGCAGUCGCCAAAGGCUUCGUCGUCGGUAAUAAGAUAGCGUGCGGGAUUACUGGUGCUGCAAGAUGUCACAGGACGUUACAAGACGAGGAUGCUGUAAGGUGCCGGACAAGGGCAGGCAGGUUGUGCUGCAUCUCAAGAAACCAACGGCGCGCAGGGAAUGCGACGCACAUACAAGCGCAUCCAACCGUCGCAUUAUGGUAUCAGCAUGUAAUA